AUGUGGCCGAGCCGCGGCGGCGGGCGGCGCUGGGCGCUGGCGCUGGCGCUGGCGCUGGCCCUGGGCGGCCGCUGCCCCGCCGCCCACAACGCCUCGGCCGGGCCGCCGCGCUGCCGCCGCCCCGCGCCCUGCGAGCGCCUCCGCUUCGGAGCCUGCCUGGGCUCCGCGCUGCCCUACGCCGCCACCUCCACGCUGCUGGCCACCGACUCCGCCUCGCAGGAGGAGGCGCACGGGAAGCUGCUGCUCUGGUCCGCUUGGCCAUGGGGGUGUCUCCUCCUCCUCCUCCUCCUCCUCCUCCUCCUCCUCCUCAUGGCCUCGUUUCCCCUGUGGCAGAACGAGGUGCAGAACAUCAAGUUCAACAGCUCGGGGCAGUGCGAGGCGCCGCUGGUGAGGACGGACAACCCCAAGAGCUGGUACGAGGACGUGGAGGGCUGCGGCAUCCAGUGCCAGAACCCGCUGUUCACCGAGAAGGAGCACCGCGAGAUGCACGUCUACAUCGCCGCCUUCAGCUCCGUCACCAUCUUCUGCACCUUCUUCACCCUGGCCACGUUUGUCGCCGACUGGAGGAACUCCAACCGCUACCCCGCCGUCAUCCUGUUCUACGUCAACGCCUGCUUCUUCGUGGGCAGCAUUGGCUGGCUGGCACAGUUCAUGGACGGCGCCCGCGACGAGAUCGUGUGCCGGGCCGACGGCACCAUGCGGCUGGGCGAGCCCACCUCCAACGAGACGCUGUCCUGUGUCAUCAUCUUCGUCAUCGUGUACUACUCGCUGAUGUCGGGCGUCAUCUGGUUUGUCAUGCUCACCUACGCCUGGCACACCUCCUUCAAGGCCCUGGGCACCACCUACCAGCCGCUGCUGGGCAAGACCUCCUACUUCCACCUCAUCACCUGGUCCAUCCCCUUCGUGCUCACCGUGGCCAUCCUGGCUGUGGCGCAGGUGGACGGUGACUCUGUCAGUGGCAUCUGCUUCGUGGGCUACAAGAACUACCGCUACCGCGCCGGCUUCGUGCUGGCCCCCAUCGGGCUCGUGCUCAUCGUGGGGGGCUAUUUCCUCAUCCGGGGGGUCAUGACGCUCUUCUCCAUCAAGAGCAACCACCCCGGGCUGCUGAGCGAGAAGGCGGCCAGCAAGAUCAACGAGACCAUGCUGCGCCUGGGCAUUUUUGGCUUCUUGGCCUUCGGCUUCGUCUUCAUCACCUUUGGCUGCCACUUCUAUGACUUCUUCAACCAGGCCGAGUGGGAGCGCAGCUUCCGGGAAUACGUCCUGUGUGAGGCCAACGUGACCAUCGCCACGCAGACCAACAAGCCCAUCCCGGACUGCGAGAUCAAGAACCGGCCGAGCCUCCUGGUGGAGAAGAUCAACCUCUUCGCCAUGUUCGGCACCGGCGUCUCCAUGAGCACCUGGGUCUGGACCAAGGCCACCCUGCUCAUCUGGAAGCGCACCUGGUGCAGGCUGACGGGGCAGAGCGAUGACCAGCCCAAGAGGAUCAAGAAGAGCAAGAUGAUCGCCAAGGCCUUCUCCAAGCGCAAGGAGCUGCUGCGCGACCCGGGCCAGGAGCUGUCCUUCAGCAUGCACACCGUGUCCCACGAUGGCCCCGUGGCCGGCUUGGCGUUCAACAUCAACGAGCCGUCGGCCGACGUGUCCUCGGCGUGGGCCCAGCACGUCACCAAGAUGGUGGCCAGGAGAGGGGCCAUCCUGCCCCAGGACAUCUCCGUGACACCCGUGGCAACACCUGUGCCACCAGAGGAGAGGGCCAACCUGUGGGUGGUGGAGGCUGACGUGUCGCCGGAGCUGCAGAAGCGCAGCGGCCGCAAGAAGAAGCGGAGGAAGAAGAAGAAGAAGGAGGUGACCCCAGACCCCGAGCGCUGCCCGGGGCUCUCCGCCAUCCCCAGCAGCGUCCCUCGCCUGCCCCGCCUGCCCCCCCAGCCCUGCCUGGUGGCUUUUGCCCCCGAUGUCCUGCCGGGCGUCCAGCCCGAUGCCACCUUCCCCGGGGCGCCGUGGGACGGGCGCGGGGCCGGCGUGCUGCGCGUGGUCAGCAGCCCCUUCUGCCCCGAGAGCCCCGGCCCCAGCGCCGGGCGCUGGCACCACAACGGGGGCCCCCUGUGGCCCCCCCAGCCCGGCUCCCUGCCCCGCCCCGGGGCAGCCAGGACUCAGGGCGGCCGGGCAGCGCUGGCCCCCAUCCACUCUCGGACCAACCUGGUGGACGCCGAGCUGCUGGAGCCCGACUCGGACUUCUGAUCCCGUGGGGAGGGCGUGGGGGACACCAGAACCCAGCUGAGCCCACGGGGAUCCAUCCCAAAUGUUCCAUCCAGCUGACCACAUCCCAUUUCUUCUCCCCUUUUUGGAGGAUUGGUCUCCGUGCACUUCCCAGCCUGGCGGGGUUUUGGGAUUCCCUGCAGCGUGGCUGGGAGAAAGGAGCUGUCAGUGGAUUUAAGGACCAGGGGGACGCUUGGGGACAGCCUAGAUCAGGGUAGAUUUGGGGCAGCUCUGCCCCACCCACGGCUAGAGGUACGUAGAGCUCACCCCCACUUGUGCCAAUAGCAAAUUUUUUACAAUUUCUGAUUUUUUUUUUUUUAAAUGUUUGUAUCGUGAUGCCUCUGCUCGGGGUGAGCCCGCUCAGGGCCAGCAGCAGCAGCAGCAGCAGUAGCAGCAUCCCUGGUGUGCAGCCCUAUUUUGGGGUCACCCCAAUCCCUCCCGAGACCCCAAAGUGCCUUCCAGCUCCCCAGAGAGCUGAGCCAGACCCAAAUCAGGAUUAGUGGGGUGUGAGCACCAGGGAGAUGGGAACAGGAAGCACCUUGGGCUGCAUGGGUGCUCCUGAGCAAAAAAAAA